CCGCCCGCGCCCGCGCCGCCCCGCGUCCGGGUCAUCAAUCAACAGAGAAACUCAGAAGACAAAGACCAGUCCCUCCACCAUGUCCUAUAGACGAGAGCUAGAGAAAUACAGGGACCUAGAUGAGGAUGAGAUCCUAGGAGCCCUCACAGAGGAGGAGCUCAGAACGCUGGAAAAUGAGCUGGAUGAGCUUGACCCUGAUAAUGCACUGCUUCCUGCAGGUCUGAGGCAGAAGGAUCAGACCACCAAGGCGCCCACAGGCCCCUUUAAAAGAGAGGAGCUCUUGGAUCACUUGGAAAAGCAAGCAAAGGAGUUUAAGGACCGAGAAGACCUGGUGCCCUACACAGGGGAGAAACGAGGGAAGAUCUGGGUUCCCAAGCAGAGGCCAGUAGAUCCUGUGCUAGAGAGUGUGACGCUAGAGCCAGAACUGGAGGAGGCCUUGGCAAAUGCCUCGGACGCAGAACUCUGUGACAUCGCAGCUAUCCUGGGCAUGCACACGCUCAUGAGCAACCAGCAGUACUACCAGGCCUUGGGCAGCAGCUCCAUUGUGAAUAAGGAGGGGCUCAACAGUGUGAUUAAACCCACACAAUACAAGCCUGUGCCCGAUGAAGAACCAAAUUCAACAGAUGUGGAGGAAACGCUAGAGCGGAUAAAGAACAAUGACCCAAAACUUGAAGAGGUUAAUCUCAAUAAUAUACGGAAUAUUCCCAUACCCACCCUCAAGGCCUACGCAGAAGCCCUGAAAGAGAAUGCCUACGUAAAGAAGUUCAGCAUCGUGGGGACCCGCAGCAAUGACCCUGUGGCGUUUGCUCUGGCCGAAAUGCUGAAGGUGAACAAGGCGCUGAAGACCUUGAAUGUGGAAUCCAACUUCAUUUCGGGAGCCGGGAUCCUGCGCCUGGUGGAAGCCCUUCCACACAACACUUCUCUGGUGGAACUGAAAAUCGAUAAUCAGAGCCAGCCCUUGGGCAAUAAAGUGGAAAUGGAGAUCGUAAACAUGUUGGAGAAAAAUGCAACGCUCCUCAAAUUCGGCUACCACUUUACCCAGCAGGGGCCCCGGCUGCGGGCAUCUAAUGCCAUGAUGAACAACAACGACCUCGUGAGGAAGAGGAGGCUGGCAGACUUGACGGGGCCCAUCAUUCCCAAGUGCCGCAGCGGUGUCUAGUGUACAUGGGGAAGGCCACACCUUUGAACUGGACGUGUUCUACUGACAAUCUGUGUUCCCCAGUGGAGGCCAGGAGGCAAAAUGCUGGCACAAAACUCUUGUGGUUCAGUUCUUUAUGCACUAAGGUUUUAGGUUAGCUAGUGGUUGUAGUUGAACCUUUUAUAAAAUAUGGUUAAUGUGAAGUUUUUCUUUAGUCACAGAAAUUGAUUAUUAUUUAAAACAAAGAAGCCCUCAAACUGGCAGAUCUUACUGCUGAUGGCAUGACAGUGGCAGUGACAACCCAGGAACCCCUUUGGUGGCCUUGCUUUGGUGUUUCAGGUAUGUUUACAACAUGGAAC